AACCCGAGCCGAGCCGCGGGCCGGGCCGGCCGGGCCGCACAGAGGGAGGAGAGCAGGCGCGGCGCGGACGGCUCCGACUCCGGCUCCGGCCCCGGCCCGCCCGAAGGCACGAUGGCGACCAGCGACAGCAACCACGCCGACGCCAGCCUCCUCGGCUCCGACGGGGACGACGAGGCGGCCCGCGAGCUGGCCAGCGAGGAGGAGGAGGAGGAGGAGGUGGAGGAGGAAGAGGAGGACGGGACGGCGGCGGAGUCGGACGAGGAGCCGGGCGCCAGCUUAUCAGACCAGGAUGAAGAGGGUACAACCAGGCAGGACUGCAUCGUCUCCGACCCCUCCUUUUCCAUGGUGGCGGUCCAGCGGGAGGACAGUGGCAUCACCUGGGAGACCCACUCCAGCGGAUCUUCCACUCCCUGGGCCUCCGAGGGGAGUCAGACUUCUGGUGUGUACAGCCCAGAAGGGUCAACUGUGAGCUCUCCUCCAGGAAACGUUUCCUUCGUGAUGGGUGAAGUCAAAAAGGGUCGGAAAAGAGCUCACAAGUCAAAGCCUGGCUCACCCUCACUGCGCCGGAAAGGCGGCAGGAAAAGGAAUUCUGACCCCCAGGCUGUCCCCGCACACAACAGAGACAGCGCUUUAGUUUCAGGAAGCCUGAGCCCCAAGAAGGAGCAGUCCCCUGCGGGCAUCUAUGACAAGACGAGGAAGAAGACCACCUCGAGCACGCCCCCCAUCACCGGGGCCAUCUACAAGGAGCACAAGCCGCUGGUGCUGAGGCCGGUCUACAUCGGGACCGUGCAGUACAAGAUCAAGAUGUUCAACUCGGUGAAGGAGGAGCUGAUCCCGCUGCAGUUCUACGGGACGUUGCCGAAGGGUUACGUCAUUCAAGAAAUACAUUACAGGAAAGGGAAAGAGGCCUCCAUUCGUCUCGAGCCAGACCUGGGCGAUCGCGACGCCAGUAGGGCUUCCCCCACGGCCACAGUCGCAGCCCGAAGCCUAGCUGGGGACAGCGUCCGAGAGCCUAGUCCCCCCUGGAGAGGGGCGCUCUCCAAAAGACCCUCGGCCCUGGCCUCACUGACCGCACAGGAGGACCAGAAGGACAGGCUGGUGGACUCUGCGCACACAGCCCCAGGGGCUCCGCCAGCAGUGCCGCAGCAGCCAGCGGCCAAGGAGCUGUCCCCUCCUGCCCUCGGCCCACUCGUGUCCCUGGAACCUGCUGGGCACGAGCUUGAGCCAGUGUCUCCAGGAGCCGCGGCUUCCAAGGGCUCCAAGGCCUGGCCCUCGCCACUGGAGGAGGUGCAGGCCGCGGGCCGCAUCCCGUCCCCAGGGGCAGGGCCACCGGGCCUGGCGCUGGCUCCGCUGGAAGCCGCGGCCCCGGAUGAAGACCGGCUGGACCUGGCCUCGCCAGAAAAGGCGGCGCCCGUCCCCGAGCAGUGGACCCCUCCUCACGCCACUGUCGAAGCAGAGCCCGCGGGCCGCGCGCCUGAGCCCCCGGCGUGGGAGGGCGCGGAGAAGGAAGAGCCGGAACCUUCCCGGCCCACAGCCGCCUCCGCCAAAGACUCGGACCUGGCGGAGGAGGAAGAGGAGGAGGAGGAGGAGGAGGAGGAGGAGGUGGUCGAGCUGGACUACCCCGAGAGCCCGCUGCCCGGCGAGGGGCCGUUCCCGCCGCGGCGGCCCGCGGAGCUGGAGCCGCAGGACGAGGAGCCCGGGCCGCCAGCCCCGGCAGCAAGCUCGGAGCUGGCGGAGGAGGAAGAAGAAGAGGAGGAAGAGGAGGAGGAGGAGGUGAUCGAGCUGGACUACCCCGAGAGCCCGCUGCCCGGCGAGGGGCCGUUCCCGCCGCGGCGGCCCGCGGAGCUGGAGCCGCAGGACGAGGAGCCCGGGCCGCCAGCCCCGGCAGCAAGCUCGGAGCUGGCGGAGGAGGAAGAGGAGGAGGAAGAGGAGGAGGAGGAGGAGGAGGUGAUCGAGCUGGACUACCCCGAGAGCCCGCUGCCCGGCGAGGGGCCGCUCCCGCCGCGGCGGCCCGCGGAGCUGGAGCCGCAGGACGAGGAGCCCGGGGCGUGGCCGCCGGGCCGCGCCGCCUGGUCUGAGGAGGAGCGAGAGGAAAGCGAGUCUGUUUCCACGGAUUCUGCUUUCGUGUCAGAGUUCUCGAGAAAGGCCGCCGCGAGCUCGAGCAGGAGAGAGCGAGGCCCCCAGGAUAGCGAGUCCCCGCUGUCCCCGCUGUCCCCCACCGCGUCCUCCGCCGCCGAGAGCGGGCGCUGCUCUCCACAGGCCUCGCCCGCCUCCGACGACCUGCGGUCCGCAGGUGCGGCCUCGGCCCCCGAGCCGCCCGUCUCCACACUGGCCGCCGAGAGGACCCCUGAGCGCCUGCCGCCGCCCCCUACGGCCGCCUCCCAGCACCUCGGCCCCUCAGGAGGGGACAGAGGACGUGAGCGUGUCACCCCCGAUUCCAAACUGGCCUCCGAACACGCGGUUCCCCCGGACGCCGCACAGGAAUCCCGGAAGGAAGCCAUCGGAGACGUGCCCCAACUCCGAUCCAAGGGUGUUCCUGAGCCCACAGUGCCAUCGGAUGGAGAGAAGGAAGAGGCCGGGCCACAUCCCCCACCUCCCCCACCUGCGGCCUCUGUGUCUGAGCACAUUCUCCCACCCCCCACACCAGAGAGGACCCCAGAGCUCCAGCCCCCACUGCCCCCUACUGCUACCGUGGAAUUCAAGGUCUCACCUGGGGAAGGCCCAGGUGUCACCCCAGAUUCCAAACACAUUUUCAAACACGCAGUUCUACCAAGCACCACAGAGGAAUCCCAGAAGGAAAUAAUCGAAGACAUAUCCCAACUCCAAUCAAAGGGUGUUCCUGAACCCACAGUGCCAUCGGAGGAAGAGAAGGAAGAGGCCGGGCCACCUCCCCCACCUGCGGCCUCUGUGUCUGAGCAGAUUCUCCCACCCCCCACACUGGAGAGGACCCCAGAGCUCCAGCCCCCACUGCCCCCUACUGCUACCGUGGAACUCCAGGUCUCACCCGGAGAAGGUUCAGGAAGUGAACGUGUCACCCCAGAUUCCAAACACAUUUUCAAACACGCGGUUCUACCAAAUAUUUCCCAGGAAUCCCAGAAGGAUAUAAUCCAUGAUGUGUCCCAGCUGAGAUCAAAAGGGAUUUCUGAGCACACGAUCCUGUCAGGAGAAGAGAAGGAAGAUGCCAGACCACAGCCCCAACCUGUGGCCUCUGAGUCUGAACUCCCUCUGCCACCCCGCACAGUGGAGAAGACCCCAGAAUGCCAGGCCCCGCUGCCUGCGAUGCCCCCAGCUGAACACGGGGUCGUACUGGAAGGGGCGCCAGUGGAGGGCGAGCGCUACACUCCCUCUUCCAGGUCCGCUUCUGGAUUUUCAGUGCCGCCAUUCGCAACCCCGGAGUCGCUGGAGGAGGAAAUCAUCUGUGCUUCCCCCCUGAACCUAAAAGGGGCCUCCUCCCCAGAGAUGUUCUCAGAACAGGAGCGUGAUGACGUUGGACCUUUUUCUCCAGACUCUGCUUUUAUUUCCGAAUUCUCAUUUCCACCCUCUGCAGUGCAGGACGCAGAGAGAAGAGAACUCGAGUGUGGUUCUCCGCUGUACUUAACCUCCCCGUCCGAACACACGGUGUUCUCAGAUGAAGACACGGAAGAAAUCGACCUCUUUUCUCCAGACUCAGCCUCGCAAGUGUCAAUCCCACCCUACAGGAGCCCAGGAACAGAGAAGACCGAAACGGAGCCCUACUCACGGAUGCCUGCCAGUUCUGCUUCCAGUUAUCCCUGCUUUUCCGGAACAGAUGAGGACGACGGCGGGUCAACUGCUGCCACCCCCACGCCUGAGCACUUGGAUUCUUCACCAGGGCAGAACACCCCCGAAGCAGUAAGUCUGCCACCUUCAACAACGAAGGCAGAGGAAGCAGAAAUUAAGCCAGACGCUCACGUGACCUCAACACCUGUAUCUGAAUAUCUCGUCAGGAUGCAACAGCAGAGAAGUCAAGCAGCUCUAGAGCCUGAGAGUGAAGAGUUGAUUCUGUCACGUUUAACCAGUGAGCUGGAGAAGGGAGACGUCAAGACCAGCUGGUCAGUAGCCACACCUCCGUUGGCACCUGCACAGUCAUCCGUGGGGAAGGAGGAGACCCGGCCUGUUUUGCCUGCAUCCCAGCCUUCAGCUUCACUGGAUUCAGCCCAUGCCACGGAGGAAGAACAGGAACGCCAAGCGUCACUCACUCUGAAAGCUGUGAACGAACAGAUGGCGCUGCAGGAAGUCAGAGAGAAGGCAACAGUGCCUGAUUCUCAAGGAGCCACAGCACAGGCAUCGCAGGCUCAAAAGGUGGAGCCGCAGCUUCCAGAUGUUCUCAGGUCCGAGAUGAAACCGUCAGCUCUGCCUGACGCGGUAGAGGAGCCAAAGAAGGAAGUCAAAUCCAGUUUAGCUGGAAGUGCAGCUUCCAGACCCGAACCAGAGCAGACAGUGUUGUCCGAGGGUGAGGCUGCGGGAAUAAACCCUCCUUUACCCCUGAGGGAGACAGCUCUGUCUGGACAUGAGGUUUCAUCAGGUGUGAAAAUGGAAGUGAAACUGGACUCCAAAGCAGCAGGGCCACCCGGUACAGGAAAGGAAGGUGAAGAGGGUCUACCUGCACCGGCAUUUUCAGCAUUGUCAGAAGAAAUAAAGAAAGAAAUUGAACCCAGGUCCUCCACAGCCACAGCGCCUCUAGCUAAGCCCGAUGCGAACCUUACCAAAUUGGAAAGAGAUUCAGGUGCCUCUCUUGCUACCCACAUGGAGGGUGUGGUCCCAGCCCAAGCAGGACAAGAUGCCCUAGGAGGUGUUUCGGUGCCACCUGCGAAACCUGAAAGUGUGCGUCCGGUUCUUAGAAAAGAAGCAGUGGUUGAAAGUGCUGCUUCUCUCGCUGAAACCUCUUUGUCCAAAGGCUCUGCUCGGUCAGAAGCAGAGAAGGAAAUUCAACUGCCUUCCCCUCCACGCGUGCCGUCUGCAUUGGAGCAUGCUACUUUGCCGAGGGUGGAAACUGAGGACGUGAAACCCGAGUUGUCAGUAACCACGAUGCCGUCUUCUCAGCGUUCAGAAGUGUUUGAGGAAGCCGGGGUGGGAGAUGAACAGGAUGUGUCACAGUCUGCAGUCCUCGACUCUGAGCACGUGGUGUUGUCACCGAAGGAGCCCCUGGCAGCUGUCUCAGCAGUACCAGGGCCUGAACACAAGCUUUCGCUGGAGCUGGGUACUGGGCAAAAGCGAGAAGAAGCCGAAUUCCAUCUGUUGCAGAAUGUGUCGCCUGCAGCCCAACACGCAGUUCCCAAAAGCGAAGGGGAGGAAAUGGCAAGCUACUCCAAGGUGGAUGUUUUAGCAUCAGAAGAUUCAGCCCUGACUUUCCUGACCCCCACGCGGGCUUUGGAGACGUCUUUGGCAGCCCAGAGAGGUUUCCUGUCAGAAAACUGUGAUCUUGUUCAGGCAGAGCGGUCGUUAGAGCCGGAGGAGGAAGUAAGACCACAGGAAGCACCAGAGUUGCCAGAGCCCGUGUCUGCUUGCACUAAAGGUGGAGAUAGUGGCUCUGUACGGGCAAAACAAGCAAGAUCUCUGGUAGCAGAAGCAGUGGACUCCAUCUUAGAAAAGAGUCCAGCUGAGCUUAGGCAAAGAGGAGAAGACGAAACCAGGGAGCUUCUCGUGUCUACUGUGGAACUGUCAAAGGCCGCGUCCAGCCUCCAUGUGGAACAGGAGCAGCCAGAAAAAGCACGCCAUUCAGAUCAGGUGGUUGGAUCGCCUGAUGUAGGUGGGUCUUUCGUGGGUAGAGAAGAUCUGGGCACUAAACGACUUCUAGUUAUGAAAGAGAGUUUGCCUUUGGAACAAUCGAAAUCGUGUGUGACAACCGAGCCUGCAGGUAUCAAAGAAACAAAAGUGAAAGAGCCUAUCAUUUCUCCAGGGGAUGAGAACAGGACACUGGGAAAGCCAGAAAAUAUGGCCAGCGAGCAGCAGGAAGGAAGGCAGGCGUCCGUGCAGCUGGAUUCUGCUGAGGGCGAGGACCGCAUGGCAAUACCGUUGAAGGCUGGGGAGACCUUGUCCACUAAAGCUGAUUCUCCCGAGGAAAGACAGCUGGCUCACAAGCCAGCCCCUUUAGUUCUGGCUGGAAAUGUAGAGGGAAACACAGCAGAGGAGGUGCAGACCUGUUCUGUGGUGGCCGGGGAUCGUUUGACAUCACAGAAGGCAGACACAGAGCUCCCCAGGCCAUGCAAGGAGGAGAGCCAGGAAGAAACCAAGCUACCUCUUGCAGGAACUCUCCAGAAAGCAGAGUCUGGUCUAUUCGCAGAGGAAGGGAAGCCAGAGGCUAUCCUGUCUCCUGCCCAGGCAGCCCGUCUCCCGGCUGAUGUUAGGGAUCCUGCUUGGGGCCAUGAACAGGAAUCUCGUGGACACGCCCCUCCAUUACCUGCAGAGAAGCUGCUAGAAGAGGCAAGAAGGGUCCCACCAAAGGUUGUAGGUGAUGCUGACGAGGAAAAGGCACCCGCCCCUGCAGUGGAAACUCCCCCUCAAAGGCGGCCCCUGUCCCCCAUCCCAGCCAAGGAGGAACCUCUACCCCAGGAUGCACCAGACGAGGUGCAGAAGCUGCCCGAGCAGCCAAAGGCAGCAGAGCCAGCUGUCCCUCAGGAAAAGGGAAAGAGAGGGAUUUCAUCUUUCAAAUCCUGGAUGUCUAGUCUGUUCUUUGGAUCAAGCACUCAAGAUACCAAAGUUGCUGAAAAAGAUGUGGAGUCUCUGCCAAGUCCCUCUGUAGUGAGCACAGGGACUGUGAGAGUGCCCGAAGGGGAGAGUCCCGCUGAGCGGAAGGCAGCCGGGAAGCCGGGAGCAAGACCUGCAGCUGCCGAGGGACCCCGAGAGGCCAUGGUUACACCUGGGGAAGGCCAAGGCCUUAAAGACACGCUCACAGUUCUAUCGAAGGUGGAAGUUUCGCAGCAGGCACGGUCCAGCCCUGAGGCAUCCAGAGAACUGGGAAGGGAAGAAGCUGCACCCUGCCCAGGAGAGGUGGACAGAAACUCAACAGCUCCUCCUGCUCCUGGCGGGGACCACGUGGGAAUUCAGCCCUCUUCUCCCACGCCUGAGAAAUCUGCCCCAGUUACCGAUAGUAAAAGAUACCAGAAGCCAGCGAUUUCUCCUCCCUCAAAGUGGACCAUUUCUGUUCAGGAAGAGCCAAGAAGUGACCAAAAAGAAAAAUCACUGUUUUCAUUUGAUGUUGUCAGUAAGGCGCCACAACAGCCCAAACCAGCUUUAUCUGACGUCACAAGCAAGAAUAUCAUGGGGGAAUCAGAGAAGCCAGAGUGGAUCAUUUCUCCUGGAGAAGAAUCAAAAGGCAGACUAGCUGCUCUUGGAGAAGGCAGACGAAAGGAAGACCUGCUAGAAUCCACUUCCUCAGGAGGUUUGGAGGAAGACAUAAAACUCAGGUCUGCUGGCUGCACGGAGGAGAAAGGUGACUUGGAGACCAGAUCCUACACCUUGGCCGAAGGGCAGGAAACGGUGGCCCUGACAGAGCUCAGAGAAGAUAAGGAGCCAGGAAAGGCACGUGUCAUGCACAAAACAGAAGAAUCCAAGAUACCCAUACCACCGACGCUCAUCGAUCAAAAUGGAGACCACAAGGAAAGCUCCAGAAUUGCUGUUGGUUCUGAGGAGGAGAAGGGAGAAGAAAAAGAGAAGCAGCAGCAGCAAUGGGCCAGGUCUGUGCCUGAAGAGUCGGAUAUCACUUUAGUUCAUUCCAGGGGUGAAACGGAACCAUUCUUGGUAGUUAAAACGGCAUCAAUUAUUGAGACACCCGAAAGCGUGAUCUCAGAGGCUCGCCCUGAAAUCAGGGAAGCAAAGGCGGGAGGAGUCCCACCACACCUAUUAGAAGAAAGUAGAGUUUUUGGGGAAAAAACCCAAAGUUUCCGUCCAGUGGAUCUUCCUUGCCGCAGUGAAAUGGAUAACCACUCCGUAGCUCCAGAGGGAGACCUGGUGUUUGAAAAACCAGGCAGGGGCAUGGCAGGCAGUGAAGAAAAGGGUCAGGUGCCACCGUCAGAAGCAUCUGAAGGUGGUUCAGUGGCUGUCGGGAAAGAAAGAGCGAAGCCUGGCGCUCUGUUCAAAGACUCCCAGAGGGCUUUGGAUCACCUUUCUGAGGAUGCAAAGAGCUUAGAAACUCCACUGUUGCCAUCACCUCUGAAACCACAGACUGCUGCUUCAAGAGAGUCUACAGACAUACAUGCAGUGGAGAAGCAGGACGUGCCACUGUCGGAGUGGACUGCAGAGCGCCAUACGGUCCAUACCAGCCAAGCUAGGGACCGCGCCCCCGAUGUGCCUCACCAGGCCGUUCUCAUCUCAAAGCACCACAUGGUGGCCGUGGAGGAUGCCCAUGUAAGUGAACCGUCGUCUCCAGCAACAAGCAACUAUGCCCAAUUUAUAAGCAGCGCAUCAACAGCCAGCGCUGAUAAAGUGGCUCCUGCUAAAGAAACACGGGAGGAGGCUGAGGACGCAUUCACAGUGACCAGCAAGCCAGCCGGGCUUUCAGAAGAUCAGAAGAGUGCCUUCAUCAUCAUUUCUGAAGGCUGUGAGAUACUGAAUGUCCACGCCCCUGCCUUUAUUCCUUCAGCUGAUCAGGAGGAAAGCGAACAAUUGCAGGAUAAGUUAGAAUAUUUGCAAGAGAAGUUCCCAAUUAAAACCACGGCGCUCCGUGAUGAUAAUGAGGCAGCUGCUGUCCACAGAACAUCAAAGAGCAACUUAGAAGAUUCUGGCAGAAAACUCCCAUCUUUCAAAGAAAAUGAACAAAACGAAAGUUAUAAAACAGAAGAGGAGAUACCCACAGAAUCGGAAGCUGGUGAUUUAGCUUUUGCUCAGCCCACAGUCCCCAGUGAAGAGGAUUACUUUGAAAAGUAUACUUUGAUUGAUUAUAACAUCUCACCAGACCCAGAAAGACAGAAACCUCCACGGAAAUUAAAUGUUGAAGAGGAACCCUCAAAGGAAGCAGCCAAAGAAAUGAUCUCUUUUCCAGAAAGUUCAGAGGAAACCGUCCUGGAGCAGGACUAUGACUUGGUGAAACUGGAUGAAAGCUUUUAUGGGCCGGAAAAGGACCACAGCAAGUUACCUCACCCAGAGCCCCAAAAACCUUUUGUUAUCCAGAAAUCGCCUGAUGAAGACGCUGCAAAGAGAUUGCGCAGAGAUGCAGAGUCCAGAUCUCCUGGGAUGCCUUUAUUCGACACAGAAGAGGGAGUUUUGUCGAGAACCCAGAUAUUUCCUACUGUGGCCAAAGCCAUUAACCCCGAGCUUCUGGAGCAGCCGCCUGCACUUGCAUUUUUAUAUAAGGAUCUGUACGAUGAGGCAGUUGGAGAGAGAGAGCGCGACGAGGAGACGGCUUCUGAAGGAGACAGCGUGAACUCGGAGGCUUCAUUUCCAAGCAGAAGAUCUGACGCUGACGAUGCAACAGGAGUGUAUUUCGAGAAGUACCUACUCAGAGACGACAUCCUCCACGACACUUCUGUAGCUCAGGAGGACCAAGGCCAGGGUCUGGAGGGAGAACCCAUUGGUGAGGAUGAGUCCUACCACCUGAUAGCUGCAGAAGGGGAGAUCUGGGGCAAGUCUGGAACUGUUCUGGGGAAGGCGACUCUGGAAGGGGAGCAGAAAGCUGCGUACAGGGAAGGGGAAGCCGAGGGCCGCGUGGAGACCCCUGGGGAUGCAGCCGUGCUGCCGAGGGAGGCACCCGUCAUCGAGACAGUCUCAGCAGCCACCCAGAAGGUGAGCUACGCGAUUCCGUUUGUCGACACUCGUCACACUCUGGCACACGUGGAGGGGGCGACCAGUCAGGGAAAUGAGGCAGCGCAUGCAGGUCCAGAGAGCGGCCUGAAUGUCCCCGAACAGGUGUCCUUCCCGGAGGAGGAGCCUGUAUCUGGUGCAGCUUAUGCUGGAGAAAUGCCACUAGAAGGACCUUCAGUACUGGUCCCCACUGAGCCGAGCCAAGAGAGGCUCCGCAAUAGCCCUGUUCAGGAUGAGUACCCAUUCGCCGAGUCUGUCAGCUACGCAGUUGUCGGUGAAGACAUCUCAUCGCAAGAACUGUGUUCAGAAGCCGUGCCUGGAGACGAGCUACCACCUCAAGGCCAGGAAGCCUUGGAGCCCAUCAGCGCAGAUGCACUCAUGAGGGAGACAGAACAAAGCUCAUCGGCCAGACAGGAAGAUUGGGGCAGAGAGACGACUGCCCAAGACCAAGUGUCCCCAGAGUCAGUGACCGAGAAGGCACCAAAGGACCUGAAAAAGCCCCAGAUUGACACGUACUGCUACACCUGCAGGAGCCCAAUCUCCACUCUUGACAAGGUGGCGGGCACCCACAAAGACCACGAGGUUUCCACGCUUGACACAGCCAUAAGUGCUGUGAAGGUUCAAUUAGCAGAAUUUCUAGAAAAUUUGCAAGAGAAGUCCUUGAGGAUUGAAGCCUUUGUCAGUGAGAUAGAGUCUUUUUUUAACACCAUCGAGGAAAACUGCAGCAAAAAUGAGAAGCUACUGGAGGAGCAGAAUGAGCAGAUGAUGAAGAAGGUUCUGGCGCAGUACGACGAGAAAGCCCAGAGCUUCGAGGAGGUGAAGAGGCGGAAGAUGGGGUUCCUGCACGACCAGAUGGUGCGCUUCCUGCAGAGCAUGGACACGGCCAAGGACACGCUGGAGAGCAUCGUGAGGGAGGCAGAGGGGCUGGACGAGGCCGUGUUCCUGUCCUCGUUUGAGGAGAUCAAUGAAAGGUUGCUGUCUGCAAUGGAGAGCACCGCGUCUCUGGAGAACGUGCCCGCUGCCUUUUCUCUCUUUGAACACUACGAGGACAGCUCGGCGAGAAGCGACCAGGUGCUGAAGCAAGUGGCCGUUCCACAGCCUCCGAGAUUAGAACCUCAGGAACCGAAUUCUGCCACUAGCACAACCAUCGCCGUUUACUGGAGCAGGAACAAGGAGGACACCAUCGACUCCUUCCAGGUGUACUGCAUGGAGGGGCCGCAGGAUGACCAAGACAUCAACGAGUUGGUGGAGGAAUACAGAUUGACGGUGAAAGAAAGCUGCUGCAUUUUUGAAGACUUGGAGCCUGACCGGUGCUAUCAAGUGUGGGUGAUGGCUGUGAACUUCACGGGCUGCAGCCUGCCCAGCGAAAGGGCGAUUUUCAGAACAGCGCCCUCCACCCCGGUGCUGCGCGCGGAGGACUGCACGGUGUGCUGGAGCACGGCCACCAUCCGCUGGCGACCCACCAGCCCGGAGGCCGCGGACACCUACACUCUGGAGUACUGCCGGCAGCACUGUGCCGAGGGCGAGGGCCUCAGAUCUUUCUCUGGGAUUAAAGGACUCCAGCUGAGAGUUAACCUCCAGCCCAAUGACAGCUACUUUUUCUACGUGAGAGCCAGCAAUGCAUUUGGGACGAGUGAGCAGAGUGAAGCCGCCCUCAUCUCCACCAGAGGAACCAGAUUUCUCUUGUUGAGAGACACAGCUCAUCCUGCUCUGCAGAUUUCCGCAGACGGGACAGUGAUCAGCUUUGCAGAGAGGAGACGGCUGACAGAAAUCCCAUCCGUGCUGGGUGAGGAGCUGCCUGCCUGCGGCCAGCAUUACUGGGAAGCCACCGUCACAGACUGCCCAGCGUACCGGCUCGGCAUCUGUGCCGGCUCGGCUGUGCGGGCCGGGACCCUGGGGCAGGGAGACACCUCGUGGUACAUGCACUGCUCAGAGCCGCAGAGAUACACGUUUUUCUGCAGCGGUGUUGUGAGCGACGUUCACGUAACCGAGCACCCAGCCAGGGUGGGCAUUCUGCUGGACUACAGCAGCCAGAGACUCGUGUUCGUCAACGCGGCCAGCGGCCAGGUGCUCUUCAUGGCGAGGCACAGCUUCACCGAGGGGGUCCACCCUGCCUUCGCCCUGGAGAAGCCUGGCCAGUGCACCUUGCACCUGGGGGUAGAGCCCCCGGAUUCUGUAAGGCACAAGUGACCCUCGGCUCUCCCGCUGGGCAGUCAUUCAGAUUCCGGGCGUGGUGCCCCACACAUUGCACUCACAGCAGCUACCUACACCGUCAUCAGCGCGCGAACAAACCAACACGAAAACCCCGACCUGGUAGAGCAGUGUGUGAGUGAGGGGACAAGAGCCCCCACACCCUUUGGCUUCUGUGUGCUGGGAUUCCUUUCGCAAUUAAAGGGACUCACACUUGACUGGGGAACCAGCAUAGAUGGAAUUCCACCUGGACUUCUGGUGAAAGAGAUCCUGGGACAGACAGGUUGGGGUGGAGGGAAGGCUGAGCUGCUGGCAACGCGGCUCCUGACAGCGAGCCGCGGGCUCCCUCCCCGAGAAGGGAGUCACCCCCGCACUGAAGGGGCAUGAAUCGGAGUUGUCAGAGAAGUGUCUUAACCCAUCGAAAUGUAUGAUGCGUACUGUCGAAUAAUAAUAAUGUGUACUGUCGAACGUGCGUCUCUUUUCCCUGAAAUUGUAAAUGUAGAGAAGUGCUAGAUAUUAGGAGUUUCCACUUUGUUAAAUAAAUGGUUAGUCUCUGUUUCAAAAA